AGGGGCCGGGCCGGGCCGGCGGACGAUGGCGGAGAAGCCGAAGCACGACGGGCGCGUGAAGAUCGGCCACUACGUGCUGGGCGACACGCUGGGGGUCGGCACCUUCGGCAAAGUGAAGAUUGGAGAACACCAGUUGACAGGCCACAAAGUGGCGGUAAAAAUCUUAAAUAGACAGAAGAUUCGUAGUUUGGAUGUGGUUGGAAAAAUCAAAAGGGAGAUUCAAAAUCUAAAACUCUUCCGACACCCUCACAUUAUCAAACUCUACCAAGUCAUCAGCACCCCAACUGAUUUUUUUAUGGUAAUGGAAUAUGUGUCUGGUGGUGAAUUAUUUGACUACAUCUGUAAACAUGGACGGGUUGAAGAGACAGAGGCUAGAAGACUCUUUCAGCAGAUUCUUUCUGCUGUGGAUUAUUGUCACAGACACAUGGUUGUUCACCGAGACCUGAAACCCGAGAAUGUGCUGCUAGAUGCCCACAUGAAUGCCAAGAUUGCCGACUUUGGUUUAUCAAAUAUGAUGUCAGACGGCGAAUUUCUGAGAACAAGCUGUGGGUCUCCAAAUUAUGCAGCACCUGAGGUCAUCUCAGGCAGGUUGUAUGCAGGGCCUGAGGUCGACAUUUGGAGCUGUGGUGUAAUUCUGUAUGCCCUCCUCUGUGGUACACUGCCCUUUGAUGAUGAGCACGUCCCAACGUUAUUUAAGAAAAUUCGGGGAGGUGUUUUUUACAUCCCAGAGUAUCUAAACCGUUCUAUUGCUACUCUCCUCAUGCACAUGUUGCAAGUGGAUCCUCUGAAACGAGCAACCAUCAAAGAUAUAAGAGAGCAUGAGUGGUUUAAACAAGACUUACCUAGUUAUUUGUUUCCUGAAGACCCUUCCUAUGAUGCAAAUGUCAUUGAUGAUGAAGCUAUAAAGGAAGUGUGUGAAAAGUUUGAGUGCACAGAGUCAGAAGUGAUGAACAGCUUGUAUAGUGGGGACCCUCAAGACCAGCUUGCAGUGGCUUAUCACCUCGUCAUCGAUAACCGGAGAAUUAUGAACCAAGCCAGUGAAUUCUACCUGGCCUCUAGCCCGCCCACUGGCUCUUUCAUGGAUGACAGCACCAUGCACAUUCCCAUUGGACUGAAGCCACACCCUGAACGGAUGCCACCUCUAAUAUCAGACAGCCCCAAAGCCAAAUGCCCUCUGGAUGCUCUGAAUACUACCAAGCCCAAAUCUCUAGCUGUGAAAAAAGCCAAGUGGCACCUGGGGAUUCGCAGUCAGAGCAAACCUUAUGAUAUUAUGAAUGAAGUCUACCGGGCUAUGAAACAGCUGGAUUAUGAAUGGAAGGUGGUGAAUGCGUAUCAUCUUAGAGUGAGAAGAAAGAACCCUGUGACUGGCAAUUAUGUGAAAAUGAGCCUUCAGCUAUACCAGGUGGACAAUCGAAGUUACCUUUUGGACUUCAAAAGUAUUGAUGAUGAUGUCACGGAGCAGAAGUCUGGUUCUUCAACGCCUCAACGUUCAUGUUCUGCUGCUGGCUUACACAGACCGAGGCUGAGUUUCGAUUCCACCACAGCCGACUGUCAUUCUCUCAGUGGAUCCCUGACCGGCUCCUGGACAGGGAGCGUGCCUUCCGUAACUCCUCGCCUGGGCAGCCACACCAUGGAUUUUUUUGAAAUGUGCGCCAGUCUGAUUACCACGUUAGCCCGUUGAUGAUCAUUCUUCCCCGGUCUCUGUCCUUGUGUUAUUGCACUGUGAGAAUCGAAUUUGUCUCUUUAAAUUACUAUCUCCUAUUCUGGAUAGCUUGUACACCACAAUACAAACUGGACGUUGUAGCCCCUAGGGACACCCAUUGCCACAUCGAUCAUUGAGUAGAUUGUCAUUUUAUCUAUUUUGCUCAUGGUAAAUUCACAUAGGGGAUAUAUUUGAUAGGUAAAUAGGAAUGAAAGUGAUUGUGGUUUUUAAGUAGUGAAUUCACGUGUAAGUUGAUUGAUAACAUCCUUCUGAAGAUGUAGCCUUAUUUGUGGGGAUUUCGCAGCAUCAUUUCAUUGUAGUCUUUGAUAUGGGUACAUCAGAGUGACUGCACAACUCUUGCUAGGUGGUGAGGUGUUUUGAGCCCUCCUACUUAUCUUCAGUUUACUGUAAUAAGUUCUUAUUGAGCACCUACUGUAUGUAAAGAUGUAUGCCGAGUCCAACAAGACUUUGUUUUUAUAAUUUGUCCAGCAGUCGUUAGUCUGGUAUUGAGACUUUGAAAGGAGAGAGCUAGCCAAAGAAUUUCAGGGUCAAGAUUCUCCUGAUCUAGACAAAUCUCCUGCCAGGCAGCGUGGCAGGUUACUGCUGUUCCAGGGAAGUCACUGUAUUUGAAGAGGUCCUUUGAUCACCUUUGCACACCCACCUCAGGGUUGUUAAUGUCUAACUUUCCAGAGCAGGGAUUUCAUCUUGGAAACUUUUAUUUUAAAUUUUCAAGGACUGUAGGGAAUGCUUAGAAUUAUCGCCAUUUUGCCUUUUAGGCCUUUCUUCCAAGUUUCACAGCAUGACUUUGAAACCUCAUUCACCUUCCUCCGUAUAAAUUGGCCUUUGCUUUAUUUCUUCUUUUACCGUUCUUUAAUAAUGGUGAAAUAGACCCUUAAAUGAGAGAGCACACCCACCUUAAAAGAGAAUGCUCCCCUCUGGUCACACGUUGGGCCGCAUUAGGGAACCUCUGAAUUCCAUUGAGUCAGCCCUUUCUUUGAAGCUGGAUUUCUUUCUCUUCCUCCCCACCGUACUUUUGCUCAUUAUUUCAUCUCUCCUCGAUACUGGACUGAGCUUUCAGAUCUUUCUGAAGAUCUUAAUUUGUUCUGUAUCUUGGUUACUAUCCUUUUAAUUUGAAAAAAUGAUUCCCACCUUAUGGAAAGGAGGACUUCCAACGCUUGAUGGGCUGGGACCUUCACUGUGGACUUGAUAGGGAAGGGAGACUUUCGCUACGUUUUGUCCUAUCAUUACAGCUCUCUAUCCCUAUCAGAUGUAGAUAUAUGUACACACACAUACGUGUCUAUGUGUAUUUCAUUGGGGUUUUCACUUUCCCUUUCUAAGUAAGAAAACAAUUUUCAUUUCUUUCUCUAGUUCACAUGGACGGGUAUCUAUUUUUAAUUUCUUUUUCUUCAGCGCUUCCCUCUAAAUACUGACUUUUUCAUCUUUCACCUGACUCAUCCAAGAUACAAUCCUAUAAAGCAUCCUGCAGCGAAAUGAAACAUGGCCUUGCUUUUAGGGCUGAUGUUUGUCUAAUGUCUUGCCUCUUCUGCCAAGAACCAAAUGAGGGUUUGCUAUCAUUUUCCCAUUACAAGAAUGGUGCGUAUAUUUAUCCCGAAGUAUUAGCCAAGUCAGGGAUUGUUAUGGGUUAACAAUACAGCGUUGUUUUGUAGGACUUUCAAAAAUGCUUUAAAGAUUUUGUAAAUAGUUUGAUUUUUAGAUUGCAAAUAUUUUUUUUAAUGCAAAAGUGAACAAUAUUGUUAUUACUACUGUUUUUAUAAUUAUUUUGGUAGAGAGCUACUGGAAAGAUUGCCAUCUAGUGGCAACUUAGUAUAAUUUUUUUCUGCUCCAAGCAUUCAAUGGUUGCUGGGCAUGAUUCAGGCUUUACUUGCCAGAGGGGGCUCUUUCCUGCCCCUACACAUUUCAAAUUCUAAAUGGACAAAUUUGCUUUUAGGAGGAAAGGUUGCCAUAUUUCCAACUCAUUGCUGCAGGGAUGAGCCUGGUGGCUGUAAAAUACUAGAAUGAGAAGUUAACCCAACUAAGAGUCAAAGCCCGAAGGAGUUCUGAAUGUGGAAACCUACAAAAAUAGAGUGAAUCAGCCCCCAGUGACCAGGCCUUUAGUGAACCAUGUUAGGAGCCAGCCUCUGAGGCACUGGCAAUCCAGGGAGAAAUCAACAGCAGGAGCUCACACUGGGAAGUAGCCUGUGCACGUACAAGGGAAGACAGAAUCCAUGCCAAGUAAGUGCCAGGUGUUGCAGUGGCUGUGACAAGAGGCUGUGGCAGAUGGGGCGGGGAUGUCAGGAAAGGGCUGAGCUUGGAGAUGGACUGGGAGGAAGUUGGGAAGAAAAUGAGGGAUUUGAAGAGGUGGAGGUGAGGAGGAGAAGUGUUCCAGUCACGAGAGACAUCACUACAGUCAUAUCAGGAGUAUAGUGUACUUGUUAAUCCAGAUUUUGACCAAAUUCGUUCACAUAAAAUUGACUUUAAAAAUGAGUAUUAAUGUUGUUUUUAGCACUUUCUGAAUAUUUAUGAACAUCUCAUUUUUUUCACUUAUAUACCUAAUCAUGAAAGAUCUGCUGUUUUAAGGUACUCCAAGCACUAGGAACAGCACUGUACUUAGGUUUCAAGAACUGAGGUCUAAAUCCCAGAUCCUCGACUUACUCCUUGCACAAUCUUCUCAGGCAAAGCCCUGAACCUCAAAGGGAUUUGCUUACUAAGGGCCCUUCUGGGUUUAAUUCCUGUACCCUACAAAUCUUGGGGCAAUUGUUCUAAGUCUUAUGGACAUAGCAGUAAUCCAUUCAUUUAAGAUGAGACCAUCCAAUGGGAAGCCUAGUGAAUAUAGUAAUCUCACUGGUAGGAAUAACGUCUUGGAGUUGUCACUCAUAGUAGGAUUCAUGGAAGUCAUUCUGUUGCCCACAUCGUAGGGAAGAGGGAGAGCCAGAGGUCAUCAGCCUCACCUACUUACUUCUGUGGGGAAUACGAUUCCGUUUUACCCAUAUGAUUCUUUAGUCCUUCUUAUAGCUGCUUUUUGUGGCAGUCAGUCUGGGGCAGGAGCAGUCAAUCUGAGGCAUCCUAAUUCUGAGUCCUGAUGGCUACUAGACUAGAGUUUAAUAGCAGAAGCUGUAUAUCCAGCAGUCUAAGCCUUCACCUCAUUGUUAAAAUGCCAAUAUGACUGGUACUCUAAGACCAUCACUGUCCCAGAUGAUAACAAUAAGACUUUUGGAGUAGCAAAGACUGAAUUAGAGCUUGGUCCAGUCUUGGUUUCCCUUUUUCAUUAGAGGUGAUCCUCUCCUAAAUCAUGUUCAACUGAUUUUAUCACAGAAUCUUAGUAUCAUAGACAAAUGUUUGUCUUGAGCAAUUGCUGGACUAAAGAAUUAAUAUAGUUUCACAGUUACUGGAAUUUCAUCUAUCUGUGGAACUGCUGACUUCCUCGUGACCUUCGAGGUCUUCAAGACGAAGGCAGCUAGCUACUUACUAACUUGGGGUGAUGUAGAGGAGAUUCAUGCUUGAGGUGAAGAUUGGACCAGGGGACUUUUGAAGUCUCUUUUGUCUCAAAGAGUUUAUGACACUUCAUCUUUUAACCAAAGAGAAUAUUGUUCAGGUGUGGAAUUGAAUCAUCUCUUAUCUUGAUCAAUAACCAACAAGUGAUUGCUUGUGUUCAAACAGGCAUCCCCAAUUUUUUUCCUUCUUAAGUAGUUUGUGUAAUCAGUCAAACUUUAUCCACGAUUUAGGAGUUGGAAGUUCAUGAGGAUGUGUCCCUCAGAAGUUACUGAGUGUUUAUAUCUGGAAUACUCUAUUGGCCUGAAUCCUAACAUCCUGGUUCAGGAAUAAGGAGAUUCUCAGGUGGGAGAUACGAUGAGGAAGAGCGCCAGUUCCAUUCAGCCGGCUAAAAGGAGAUAGUUCAGUGACUUAAGCACACUACAAAUAGCAGUCCUUUUGUAUCAGGGUGUUGGUUGCGAGAAACACAGUUCUCCAAUGAUGAUGAUGGAAGAGAAAUGGCAUUUCUGUAAUGCUUUGGGAGGCAGCGUGAGCUAGGGGAUUGCCAGCCUUGGAAUCAGGAAGGCCUGGGUUCAGGUCCUGCCCCUGACUCUCAUUGACUGGGCAAUGCUAGACCAAUCUCUUAAGGUCUCAGUCACCGAGGUUACUCUGAGACUAAUAAACCAUGAAACAGAUGUUAAUUUGCAUUGGUAGAGGGAGUUUCCUCACUGGGCACUGUCUUUACAAAUGAAAUCACAGACCUGGUCCAAAAACCACAAACACACACCUAUGUAAAUGCCGCACUUGAUGACUUACAAUAGGCUGUCAAAUGCUGUCAUAACUCAUCGAUGUGUAAAUUGUCCAUGGGAUACAUGUAAUCCUUGUGACUGUUUUGUACAGCCAGCCUCUACUCAGGAAAUGCAAACUACUUUAAAUAUUAGCCUAGGCAUAGCGUAUCUGGGAAAGCAGAUCUGAUUUAUAUAAUAGGAAAUGAUCAUUAGGCAUUCCAUUGCUGUAAAUGAUUUUGGAUCAGCAGCUCGUAGAGUUAAUCUGUAUUUUCCAUUAGUGUAGAUAACCAAAUGAGCUGAAUCUCAUGUUUGGGUGUCACCUUUUGCCCUUGAAUUUGAUUUCCUGCCCCCCCCCCCAGUAUGACUUACAUUCAUCCUUUAAAACUACCUGGCUCCCAUAGAAAUUAUAUCUUUAUUCACCAGCUAAUACUGCAUGCUUUGUUAGAAAAGAAGAUAGAGGUUUUUAUUGGUGGAUUUUCCUUUACAAAAUUACUUCCUUUCUAAUUAGGAGCAACGAUCUAGGACCUAAGACCUACCUGAUCUGGUCUGUCAUUUCUUUUCCUAUAAGUCCCAUGACAAUCUCUUGCCAUAGUGAAAUUUACUUCCUUCAGCAGUUUUCCUUAGGGUAGGGCUGUGUACUUCGCUGAAUAAAUUGAUGAAGGGUGGGUGCUGGCUUCCUUCAUCUGUAAAAAUUAAAGGGGAGAAACAGGACCAGAUCAUCCCUAAUGUUCCUUCCUGCUUGAAAACUGUGUCUUCAUAGUAGUGACCACUAGAGCUCUGACAAACAUGAAGAUGUAUAGUAUGGUACAGAUAAUGUUAGGACCUGUAUAUAAAAUGUAUACUUGAAUCUUGUAUAAAUAAAAUAAUCCUCUAGAAUGCCAAUGGCAGAACCAUCUCAGUGAGCCAGACUUUGCCCAAAAGCACCAUCUACUGAGUCGAUGCCAUAGGAAACCAACCCUCCUGAAUUUGGAUGAAAGGACAGGGAAGGCUGGUCAGAGGUAGGAAGGAGCAACAGCUUCCCUUGGUCAAGCACUUAAAGUUUUGAAAGCACUUUUUGUGUCGGAAUUGUUUACUGGAGAAAGAAGACACACUUUGAUACUUUCAAUAGCACAUAGCAGAAGGCCAACAGUGGUGUCGGGUUUAGUUCCUUGGGGAGAACAUUAACAGUUUAGUAAGAAUAAUUUAUAAUUGAAUCAUCAUGAAUAAGAAUGAUUGAUCUUUUUAAAAACCAAGCAUUCAUAAAUAUGCAGAGUUGAAAUCUUAUUUGUGGAACAGGAAUCUUGAGCCCUUGGCCAUUGGCCAUCUAGGCUCCAAGCUUAGGCCAUGCAGUCUUUUGUCCAGUUUAUUCCAUAAUCGGAUUCACAAGGGGUGUGUGUGUGUGUAUAUGUGUGUGUGUGCGUACAUGCACGUGUGCAUGGUUGUAUGAAUGCAUGCAUAUGUAGAGAAACAGAGAUUUAUAAGGCAGUAAUACCACUAGAGAUGCACCAUAAAUUAGAAACAAACAUCAAUUUCAGUUUGAGAUCACCUUUGUAGAAUCUGUGUUUUCCUUUGAUCUUACUGGGCUCAUCAUCUUGGCAAAACCUUGUAUUGAUAGGGCAAAGGCAAACUCACUCAUCUCUGGUCUGUUAUAACUAGCUCCAAGCUGGUAUGAGUGAAUAAGGGUUAGCUGUAUUUUGUACAACAAAUUAAAAUAUUAUCAAUUCUAUGUGCCAUAUGUGCCUAAGACCAACGUGACUUCUGUUACCUAAAACUUACGUUGCUGUGCACAAGACUCCACUCAACUUGGAUUGUCACAUUUAGCUCAUUCUCGUUGGAUGUUCUUGUAAUCCGUCCACCGAAAAAAAGUUUCUAACACAAUGGACAGCCUUUCUCCCAUGUUGAGUUACUGUACAUUUGCUAUUACUAAGCAUAGAAGCAUGAAGUAAUUGGUAUCAGACCCAUCCCCACAGGUGAAUUGGAGUUUUAAUUAAAAUUCUUUCUCGACCACAGCCUGAUGUAAUAGAUCUGGGUUGGUUGUGAUCAGUCUGAGAGCCUUUGUUUGCCUUGUGGAUGCUUUCACUACAAGGUAAGUCCAUGGUGUGUGUGUGUGUGUGUGUGUGUGUAAGUGCUGUUUACAACUGAAGAGAUAUUAUUUUGAGAAGUUCACGUUAUUUGGAUAACCAGGGUACGUACAUGUCCUAUAAAUUUGAAGUACAAUUUUAAAAAUUCUCUAGACAAUGUUCCUGCCACGAGAAUCAUUGGUUAAGCACAUCAUAGCACCCAAACUUAGGUGCAUGCAGAGAUUUCAGAAGCCAGGUGCCCAGUGAUAGAAGGUUGAUAUAGCAUCAUAUCCUUCGAGCUGGGCAAGUUUGCACUGGUUAAACAUUAGAGUAGGGAGAGGAAUAUUUUUAAUAAGGAGAAUAGAAAAUUAACACACUGAAGAAAAGUUUUACAGUUGGGAGCAUUUUCUACCUUUACAGUGGUGUUGCUUCUUAAAUUUGCAUUGUCAAAGGGAAAGAAUCUUAUGGAACCAACCUUAUUCUCAAGGGAUUUUAAGGAAAACCAGAGCCUCUGUUGUCAGGGAAAUUCAGAACUGUGCCUUCUGUUCUUGAGCUAGGAGCAGUAUUGUCCAGUUGAUAACUACAAGUGCUGCUGUGGCAUGGGAUUUUGAUGGAGACUUAGAGAAUGAGCACAGCCUGGACCCAUCAUUCCGCUUGUUUUCCUCUCCCAAUUUGCUUAUUAUAACCACAAAUAUUUUGUUAUUUGUUCUUGACAAAUUGAUUUCCAGUUGCCUUUUCCUGUGAAGACUGGACUACAUUUCCUAAGUACUUGCUAUGUCCUUUUAUGGUUUCUACAUGGCAUCUCCCUGUUCUUUGACAUGACUUGGCGAUCAGCUCAAUGAUAAAAACUCCAGUUCCCUGAGUAAUUUGAGCAUGCCAAUUUCAGACUUAGUAUAGACAAUUCAGCUCUUUUAAGGUCUGUGAAAGGAGUAUUGUCUAGUGAGCAGAGCUAAGGACAGAAUUCUCCAUUUUAAGAGCUGAUUGUAUUGUAAUCAAUCAGUAACCACUUUGGCAGAACCCAGAUGAUAAGAAUACUUUUUCUACCUCACAGGUGCGUUGUGAGAAGCUAUUGGAAAUGUACUUUCUAAGUACAGAGGAUCCUCAUGGGAAAUAUAAAAGCCCUCUGCUCCCUGUGUGUGUUUUUUAUAUAUAAUUAUCUUUGAUAAUGGACAGGUUGGCUAGUCUGAGUGAGUCUUACACAGUGUCUACACAUUUUGCAGUUAAAAAGUUUGAGAUCAUGUCUUCACAGAUUAUGAAAAACUGAAUAAAAUGGCUGUUGUUCUUAAAUUCAUCCUAAGUAAACCCUCAAAUGUUACCUUAGUCAUCUUUUGCUCUAAUUUCUAAACUGAAAGCCUUGAAAUGCCUGUAGAAGCUGCCUUAAUUAAUUACCACCCACUCUCUCCAGACUGUUCAUGGUUACCGGCUGUACACACAGUUUUGAAUGUGUAAUCGUAAAGUUGUCCCAGAGCUGUGAAGUUCUCUAAACAUGGUUGUAUUUAUAUAAAGCAUGUUUGUAUUUUGUAUUUUGUUAUACACGUGUGCUGGUGUAUCUAAUAAGUAAUUUUUUAGUGAAAAAAACAACAACCCUGAAAAUGAAUGGCUAUGAAGAUCUAUCUUUCUGAUAUGGGGGCGACACAUGUUCCAAUUUCAUCAAUGUGAUAAGGCACUAAUGUUCAUUUCACCCAUUUUAAACAGCAACAAACCAAGCCCCUCCUGACUUGGGGGCCUUGUGGAGCACAUGAUUCACUUGAGAGAUGUAUGCAAUGUUGAGGAAAGUUUGCUGGACUUGGAAUCCGAGGAGACCUGGGUUUGGAUCCUACUUCCAACACCAGCUAAUUGUAUGACAUCUCUCUGACCUUCAGUUUUCUCAUCUCUAAAAUGGGGGUAUAAAAUGCUUUCCAUGCAGGGUUGUUUUAAGGAAAACACUUUAUAAACCCCCAAAUGCCAUAGAGAUGUGAAUGAUGGGGAUUACCAAUCUAUUUUUAAGAGACUUUUUUAAAAUUGUUGAAAGUGGGGACCAUUUUUCAAAGUUGGCUAUUACAAAGAAAAACCCCUGACUGCCAUUUUUUUCUCUAAGAGGCUAGAGGACUUAGAAGAUUUCAGUUUUGUUUUUGGUGCACUUCUAGUAAGGGUCAGAUCAUUAUUAGGACAUCUUUACCUGCCAGCAUCUGUGUGGGAAAAAUUUGUCUUUAACACUUUGACCCUCAUGUAGUAACUUGUUUUUCCUGACUUGGUGUUUGCACUUUAUGAGUUGAAGACCCAACCAGAACAAAGGAUGAUUUGGCUGCUUGCAAGCCCUUACACAUAAAUAAAUGAAAGACUUUGGUCUCUGAAGGAUAA